CAGUUGCCAUACUGAAGAAUUGCAAAACCCGGGCGGAGUGCCCUGAUGCUGUGCUGCGCCAAGAAGCCUGUGGAGAAGGAGCCGCAGGUUGAUGUGGAGGGGAAGCUCAAGGAGCUGGAGGAGCGGCUGAGUUUGAAGAUCCAGGAGACCCAAGGCUCAGUGACCAACAACUACAGCGUGGACCUCACGCAGCUCAAGGAGCAGUUCCUUGCGCGCUUCAAAGCGCUGGAGCAGGCCUUGGACCAGAGCGUAGAGCGUCACACGCAGCAGCUGCAUGAGCUGCGGCAGGAGCUGACGACCCACUCCGAGAAGCACUCGGAGUCGCUGGGGGAGCUCCGCGAGAGUAGCACGGUCGAGGUCCAGGCGCUGCGCUCGGAGUUCUCCGAGCGCUUGGAGACCCACCACUCGGAGCUGCGCCAGGUGGACGAGAAGCACAUGGCGAGCGUCCAGGAGCUGUCUCAGGCCGCCCAGGCAGCCCAGGACAGAAGCGAGCGCCUGCACCAGGAGAGCUCCAGACCUGCCAUGCCGCCGUGGAGACGCAAAAGGUGGAGCUGCACAAGGAGAUCGAGGUGACAAGGGAGUCGACCUCCGCAUCUGCGGCGACCCAAGGCAGUGAAUUUCAGGGAGGGCUGGACGAGAUCUCCGCGAAGCUGGUAAUGUCCACAUCGCAGCUCGAGAGGUCGCUGCAGAGCCUGGAGCAGCAAAUCCAGACAGUGCGCGCUGGCUCAGAGAAUGGCAUUGCGGACUGCUUGGAGAGGAUGGUGGCCGAGAAAGCGGUGACACGAGACCAUGUGCAGGAGACCUCCGUGAGGCGAUUUGUGAGAACGCACUUCGCAUUGACGGGAACACCCAGUUGGCAGAGAAUGUCUACUGCCGCGCAGUGCGGUGGAACUGCCGGGGCUUCCAGAAGCGCCUGGCGAAGGUCAUCGAGGGCGAGGCGAGGGAGGACUUCCCGGGCGUGUGCUCGCCGGACUUCUCCCUGUGCUCGCUGCCGCCCAUGCAGC